CUGCGAUUUGAUCGCCGCUCAGUUGAUCAGAGUCACUCGAACGCGCCGCUGCUCAACGAUUCGGAAUUGGCGCGAAAAAAUAAAAUAAUUCAAGUUACAAGUUUUGUAUAUAGUAUAAUCGCUUGAAGAUUUACGUGUUGCAUCGGAUUCGUCGGCAAUUGGAAAUGCUCAUAAUGUGAUGUUUGCCCAGAGCUGCGCCGAGUCAGCCGAUCUGCCAUAAAAAUCUAAUCGCCGACGAAAAUGUUCUUCCUAAUCUGUUAAAUAAGAACGCCAACACACAACGUUCAGAGAUCCAGAGGAAAUAUAAAUCUGGUUGCGUGACUGCUCCGAUCGCCCGACAUGCAUUGCAGCAAUGAAACGGAAAUGAUCCAAUGUCCCAAGACGAAACGCCGGCUCAUCGAUCCUUCUGCCCCCAAAAACUGCAGUACUUCGUCCACGGACUCGGGUGUUAUAUUGAACGAUAAUGCGGCGGCUUUCCGGCCGGAGAAGGAAAAGGAGAAGGGGACCAAAGACGGGGGCACUGACGAAGGGCAGUUCCAAUCAAAAUCGGAAACGAAAACGGAACCCAAGCGUAUCAGCAUCGAGCAUUCUGUGAAUAUAACAAAGGAAAAUGCUGGCAAAUCAUCUUCGCCGACGGUUUCCAUACGGAGCACCACCAUUUCCAUUGUGUCCAUCGAUGAGAAUGCCAUCGACUCCAGUUGUAUUGAUAGUGAUUCGGAGGCCGAUGCCGAGGAUUAUACGGUCCAGAAGCUGGGUCAACAGGUCACCUACCCGCCCAACAGUUCUCACCUGCGUGACCUCAACCAGGGUCUCACGGUGAUCAGCCGCCAGGUGGCGCCCGGCCAGGCGGAAGUCCCACCUCCAAAUCCUUUGGAAGCGGGAGUCGUGGCCAAGCAAAUAUUGAACGGAAGUCUGGCCGUGGCCACGCCCACUUCUCCGGCAGGCGGAACAGCCCAGGGAAUUGGCAGCAUCGCGCUGACCAACUCCACGGAUGUGACCUUCGGCGAUAAGCACUUCUACGAGGGACCCGUGACGAUACAGCAGUUUCUCAUCGACAAUCGGGACAAGUGGAAAGCGGGCGAGGGCCCGGGAGGUGGACAGGAUAAUCCCGCCUUCAAUGCUGGAGCAACCGCUAAUGGCAGUGCGCCGGGUUCCAAGCUGAAUGAUCCUCCGCAGACGCCACCUAUCUGCCCCUUUUUGCCCAACACAAUUGGGCGCAAGGCUGUCACAAUAACGGUGCUUUUCGUGCUAUUCACCACUCUGCUGGGCAUCGUUCUGGCCACAACAACCAACCUCUUCGGCAAGACGUUGAACCAAAGUAAGAUCGCCGAUGUCGACGAUUCCAGACCAAAUAUUCCAAUCAAUUCAACAAUAGACUUGGACAACAUUGGUGGCGGCUUGAUUCUGAGGUUUGUGGAGCGUCAACAAUGGCUCGCUCAGCCGCCGCAGAAGAAGAUUCCGGAUCUGGAGCAGCCCGUGAGAAUGGUCAUAGUAAUGCCCACCAACUCGGACAAUUGCACCACCCAGGCGCAGUGUGUGUUCCGAGUUCGCCUGCGUCAGUCCUUCGAUAUAGAGUCGGUGCAGGAGGACGACAUAGUCUACAACUUCCUGAUCGGCGGCGAUGGCAACGUGUACGUGGGACGUGGCUGGGAUCAAGUGGGCGCCCACAUGGCCGGCUAUAACUCGAAGAGUCUUAGCCUGGCCUACAUCGGAUCCUUUCAGACUCUCAAGCCGUCGGACAAGCAGCUCAACGUAACUCGUCUUUUACUGGCCAGGGGAGUCAAGCUGGGGAAGAUUGCCCCCAACUACAGACUCACGGCGGCCAGCAAAUUGGAGCCAAGUCUAACACAAUACAAGGCGGAUGCCCUCUACCAAAGCUUCGGCAAUUGGACUCAUUGGUCGUAAAUAGUUCUAUAAGAGUAUAUGUAUGCGCAGCUCCGAUUUUUGGAUAUUCCCAAUCAUUUUCGCUUGAUAUUGUAGCAUAGAUGUUCUCCCUUUAAUGUGUGGCAUAUUCGAUUUAGAUAGAAUUACGAUUCGUUUGAAAAAAUGUGAUAUUAAAUAAAUGAAAAUGAUUAA